AUGCACUUCUUAUUCUACAUUGUCUUCACGGUGUACAUGCAGCCGACAACUGCGCCUCAUCUCCAAUGCGGCACUCUUGGCUGCGUCAAUUGCAGCUAUAUCCAGCCACCAACUGUACCUUCCCCAGCCUGCAACUGUAUCCUGCCACCAACUGUACCUUCCCCAGCCUGCAACUGUAUCCUGCCACCAACUGUACCUCCCCCCGCCUGCAACUGUAUCCUGCCACCAACUGUACCUUCCCCAGCCUGCAACUGUAUCCAGCCACCAACUGUACCUUCCCCCGCCUGCAACUGUAUCCUGCCACCAACUGUACCUUCCCCAGCCUGCAACUGUAUCCUGCCACAAACUGUACCUUCCCCCGCCUGCAACUGUAUCCUGCCACCAACUGUACCUUCCCCAGCCUGCAACUGUAUCCUGCCACCAACUGUACCUUCCCCCGCCUGCAACUGUACUGCCGGUUUCCAGUUGACUGUCGCCGACCCGAAUCCCUGCCUGUUCAACAACCUCAACAACCUCAACAACAACAACAGCAACAGCAACAGCAACAGCAACACUUCUAUCAAAGUCUGA